CUCUGAGGGUCAAACACACGCACAUACAUACACACUAAAUUGUAUGCCAAUAAAGAUUAUCGAAAUACAUUCGGAAAAAUUAGAAGCGUUUUGCUGCAGUUCUGUACCACGUUAUUUCUUAGAUUCAACAAUUAUUUGGUCCACGUGAUAACAACAGUACGAGUACAGGUGAAGAUUUGGCUCCGGUGAACACUUUUCAGAAUCCUAGUUCAACGUUAACUAGUAGUACAUUGUCCGAUUCGUUAACUAGUAGCACAUUGUCCGAUCCGUUAACUGGUAGCACAUUGUCCGAUCCGUUAACUGAUACGUCAUCCGAAACAUCAUUACAAGGAACAGGAAGUGCAUUAUCAAGCAGUGAAAAUGAACCUGGCAGCUCAGAAAAAGAUUCAUCUGAGAAGAAUCAAACACGGAAGGAUGAUUCCCGCAAGAAAUGA